AUGUUGCGACUGCCACGCACCGCACGCCCUUUCGCGCCAGCCGCCUCCUUCAGGUCUGCGCCUGGACAUGGUCGCUUCAUUUCUGCUACCACGACUCGUACGCCUAUUGCGAUUGCCUUUGAUAUUGAUGGCGUAUUGAAGCAGGGGCCUGUUGUACUUCCAGAGGCUGUUCGCACGAUCCGCAUGUUGGAAGGCGACAAUCCCUGGAAGCAAAAGGUGCCAUACUUGUUCAUCACAAACAGCGGUGGAAAAGAUGAAAAGGUCCGUGCCAAGGACCUAUCCAACGAUUUCCAAACUACCGUCUCACCCAAGCAAGUGGUCCAAGCGCACACUGUGAUGCAGUCGUUGGUCGAUACGUACAAGGACAAGGCUGUAUUAAUGAUUGGCGGGCCCGAGUACCCACCCGGCGCUUCGCGUCAGGUUCUUGAAGGCUACGGAUUCCGGCAAGUGUACACUGUUCACGAUCUACAGGCCUACGCUCCGCCAUCCUUCCCAUACGGUGAUCCCAUCCCCGAUCAGCAAGUGGCCGUGAAGAAGCGAGUGGACUUCUCGAAAGUGCACUUUGAGGCUAUCUUUGUGUUCCACGACAGCCGCGAAUGGGGCCGCGAUAUCCAGUACAUGGUUGAUAUUCUGCGCACGCAACAGGGCGUGUUUGGUACCGUGGAGACGAAUGAACAAAUUCGUAACCGUGCCCCUAUCCCUAUCUAUUUCUCUCACGGCGACUUACUAUGGGGUAACGACUUUCCUGUGGCACGUCUUGGCCAAGGUGCUUUCCGUACGGCGCUGGAAGCGGUGUACAAACGAGUGACGGACGGUAUUGAGCUUCCCGCUACUACGUUCGGCAAACCGGAACUCAUGACGUACGAGUAUGCGAAUGCGCUGCUUCAGGAUCUCAUUCGUGACACAUCGAAGGACGCUUCCUCUCGCGUGGCCCCUGAAAAUGUAUGGAUGAUUGGUGACAAUCCCUUCUCAGAUAUUCACGGCGCCAAUAACUUUGGCUGGUCCUCGGCCCUCGUUCGCACGGGUGUCUUUCGCGACGUAGAAGGGCCUCCUGCACACAAACCUACACUGAUUGUCGACAACGUGGAAGAGGCCAUUAAAGCCAUUAUGCAACGUACAUGGUCAUAG